GGUUAACAAACAGUCGUACGGAGACAAAAAUCUGAGCAGGCGAUACAAAAACAUGUGAAACAGAAUAUGUUUCUGCUUUAGUGUUGGAUUAUGGCGAUCAGCUGGUUUUACAAAGAUUCUUGCGCUGAAUGACAAAAUGGGAAACUUUGUGUUCCUGCUUCUCCUGGGAAUCCAUAACACUGCAGCUGUGUCCCACUCUAUGAAAUAUUUCUACACUGCAUCCUCUAAGGUGCCAAACUUCCCAGAGUUUGUGGCUGUUGCUUCAGUUGAUGAUGUCCAGAUGGUUCACUAUGACAGUGACAGCGGGAAAGCAGAGCCCAAGCAAGACUGGAUGAGGGAGAACAUGGAUCCGCUGUACUGGGAAAGAGAAGCUGGAAAAUUUCGGCGUCACCAACAAACCUACAAAGCCAGCAUUGAAAUCUUGAAGCAGCGCUUCAACCAAACAGGAGGUGUUCAUGUUUACCAGUGGAUGUAUGGCUGUGAGUGGGAUGAGGAGACCAAAGUGAAAAAAGGCUUUAUGCAGUACGGGUAUGAUGGAGAAGACUUCAUAGCCUUUGACCUGAGCACGAAGAAAUGGAUCGCUCCAACACCUCAAGCUAUCAUCACCAAAAACAAGUGGGACAAUAACAUAGGUUGGAUUAUACAUGCAGACACUUUCCUCAACCAGAGAUGUCCUGAUUGGAUAAAGACAUAUAUGAUCUAUGGCAGAACCUCUCUUAUGAGAACAGAUAAACCCUCAGUCUCUUUCCUCCAGAAGUCGUCUUCCUCUCCAAUCAGCUGCUUUGCUACGGGUUUCUAUCCUAACAAGGCUGAAAUGUUCUGGAGGAAAGAUGGAGAGGAGAUUCAUGUUGGUGUGGACAAAGGAGAGAUCCUCCCUAACAAUGAUGGGUCAUUCCAGAUGAGUGUUGAUCUGGAUCUGCCAUCUGUUUCAUCUGAAGACUGGAACAAGUAUGACUGUGUGUUUCAGCUGUCAGGUGUCGAUGAAGACAUCGUCACCAAACUGGAGAAAAACAAAAUCUUGACCAAUGAAUGGAAUUGGAUCACAGUAAUCACCACUGGAGCAGUGAUUAUUGCUGCUGUUGUUGUCGCUGCGGUUGGAGUCAUUUUCAGAAAGCCAAUCAGUGAGAAAAUAUUCAAAGCCAAGUGGCUUCCAACUCCAGUCAGUAUCCGUGAAGUCCAAGAAAUAAUGAUUCCCAAACAAAAUGGAUCAUCGGCAUCAUGCACACAAAAGAGACGGACGCCAGCUUAAGGACCAGGAGGCAUUAAAAAAUUAAAGGACUUCAGAUAUUCUGUUGUUGUUGUUGUUAAAGUGACUUUAGUGUUUAUCUGGUUUGAUCUGGUAAAUUAGCAUUAGCAUCAGUCAUUUAACCUUCUGCAUGUUAUAUUUCUUUUUGUAUGACUUUCAGGUCAUAUUUCACUGCAUGCUGUUCUUCAUACUAAUGUGUUAAUUUAUGUUUACAAAGUUUUAUAUCAGAAUAAAGUGACAUAUAUAAUCAAUGAAUCUGUUAAGAAACACAAAAAGGCAGUUACAUUAUUUUGUCCAUCAUGUAAAUAUUUUACUUGUUUUACUUUGUGAGUUUUUUUCUCUAUUUGUUUUAUUUAAUGAUCUAAUUGUGAUCCUCAAAUAAUUUCUUUUGCUGUUUGUUCUUCAGUAUAUUUGUUACUUGUGUUUUGAAAAGUAU